AUGCCAGUAUUAUGGGCAGCAAUCCUUUCAAAGUAUGAUAUAAUCCCGGACAUCCUUUCUCAGUGCGCUAUCCUUAUUACCCAUUCCCGAAAAUGCCCACGAACAACCCUCGAUACAGUAUUAUCAUCAUCGGCGCCAGUCUUUUCAGGCAUCAACCUCCUCUACAGUCUCUGUAAACUAGGAUACAGCUGUUGGAUCUACGAGUCGGGCACCGAUCUCGGCGGCGUGUGGCACUGGAAUACUUACCCAGGUUGCCGGGUCGAUACACUGGGCUUCAUCUACCAACUAUCUAUUCCGGAGAUCUCGGAGACAUGGUCAUUCACCGAGAAGUAUCUCUCUGCCGAGACGACUGUGACUGGGGCCUGGUAUGAUGUUAGUGCGGAAGGGAAGAGAAAUUGGAGGAUUGAAACUUGCGACGGACGAGUCAUGCGCUCGCAAUUCUUCAUCUCGUGUGUCGGCUUUGCCGCAGAACCAUUUGUCCCCGAGUUUCAGGGCCUUGAGACGUUCAAAGUAGAGGUGUGCCAUUCGGUGUUUUGGCCAAAAGCUGGGAUCGAUGUGAAGGGGAAGAAGGUUGCCGUAAUUGGGACAGGGGCGUCAGGCGUGCAGAUUCGGACGCCGAACCUGGCUCUUCCUAUGAGGCAGCACACUUACUCCACCGCGGGGCUUAAUGCGCUUGAGGAGGACGCACGACUCAUCUUCAUGCAGCGAGAAAAGACAUUCAGCGGGUAUCUGGAUCAGCCGAGUCCGCAGGCAACCUUUGACCUAUACAACCGAGGGGGGUUCGCGUUUCUGCCCAAAGGGUAUAGUUACCUGCUGACGAACGAAAAGGCGAACCGAGAGGCUUAUGAAUUUCGGGCGAAGAGGAUGCGAGCGAGAAUAACCGACCUUUUAAGGAGAGAUAUCCUGGCCCCUCUCGAGCCGCCACACCCGAUCGGUGCCAAGAGGUCGUGUUUCGAGACAAAUGUGGAGUUGGUUAACGUGCGCGACGCCAGUCACGGUAUUUCGGCUAUCAGGCCCAAGGGGAUAGAAACCGAAGACGGUGGAUUUUAUCCUGUCGACGCAAGUGCCUUUGCGACGAACCUUGACUGUUUUACUGGUAGCCUAACCCGCAUUGCUGCGCUUCGCAACACUUCCGGUACAUCGCUCGCAGACGACGUAUUCCUGGGCAUGACCCGUAAGGGGUAUUUUAAUAUGUUCUUGUGUUAUGCUGUGCAUGGUCCAACAGCACUGAGCAACGGCCCGGCUUUAAUUGAGAUGCAGCCCCAGUGGAUUGUCGACGCGAUUGGGGCAAACAUCCCGGGUAGGAAGCGGGAGAUGUUGGCUUUCCCGGGAGGGCUGCCAUUAUACGAGGAUCUGUGUCGCAAGGCUCUGCAGAACUGGGAUGGGUUUAUAAUUCAAUAA